AUGCUGACCGUGAAGCUGCCCCAGCUCCUCAGCGUCCAUCAGAUGCCCCGGGUGUUUUGGGAAGAUGGAAUCAUGUCGGGGUACCGGCACCCAAAAAGCACCGCCCUGGAUUGCCUUCUCAGCUCCUUCCAAAUGACCAAUGAAACUGUGAACAUCUGGACCCACUUCCUCCCGACAUGGUAUUUCCUGUGGAGGUUCCUCCUGCUCUCCUACACACUGGACUUUCUGGGGGACCCAUACAAUUGGCCCCUCCUGGUUUACAUGAUGCUGAUCUGCCUUUACCCCUUCACCUCCAGCUUUGCCCACACCUUCAGUAGUAUGUCUGCCCACGCCCGCCAUAUCUGCUACUUCCUGGACUACGGAGCCCUCAGUCUCUACAGCCUGGGCUGUGCCUUUACCUAUGGGGCCUACGUCAUGCCUGACCGCUGGGUGAACGGCACCCUGCAUCGGUAUUACGUCCCCAUCGCGGCCUUCAACACCUUCAUCUGCACCGGCCUCUCCUGCUACUCCCGAUUCCUGGAGGUAGACCGGCCAGUGUUAAGUAAAGUCCUGCGCACAGUGGCUUUCGUGCACCCCUUUGUCUUUGACAACGUCCCCCUGUUCUACCGGCUCUUUUUUCUGCUACGGAGAAGGUUGCAACUGGAAUGAAGCCAUCCCUCUUCAUCUCUAUCACCUCUUCUUUGCUUUCUUGACCGGUUUCCUCUUCGCUUCUCAUCUUCCCGAAAGACUGGCCCCUGGUCGCUUUGACUACUUUGGCCAUAGUCACCAGCUCUUCCACAUCUGUGCCGUCAUGGGGACCCAUUUCCAGUUGGAAGCCGUGCUGACCGACCGGUUGUCUCGCAAGUCUUGGCUCAGCGUAUACUCCGAGACGGACUCGCUGGCGAUUACAUUGGGCGUCGUGGCCACUUCAGUGAUAGGAAAUGUCAUCCUCAUCUGUUUCUUCACAGCGACUUUGCUCUGGUCGCCUCAAGCCAACUCCAUUCUCCAAAACAACAUCCCAGGAGAGGCUAAAGCCAAGGAGCAUUGA